AUGCCCCCACUGGAUCGCUUAAUAAGGGCGCUGUCCUCGCCCGCCCGGAUCGCUAGUUCCGGAACGAAUUCCGCCUGGAGCAACCACAGCGCCGGCAAAGACGACGAAUUUCUUCUCGGCGCUCUCGAGCUCCAACAUCUACCGGGCAGCACCUCGACAUCGAUUGUUCCUCCAGCCAUCAAUUCGCGCUCAGCAUCACCGGCUCCCUCUGAGGACACUGCCCAAUCACCACCGCUUGCCAUUCAUCAACCCACCGGUUUGCCGGAACCUACAUUACGCUUCCGGCACCGAGCCAUUACGCGCUCCGACUCGUUCGACAGCACGUCGAGCGCGCAGAGCCGAAGCAGCAGUCGGAGCAGUCGCAGCACCGUGAGCAGCUACGGUGAUGAAGUAGCGCGCAACAAGCGGCCCAUCAAGACGAGACGGGAAAGCAAGUCCUGCUGGAGGGAGUACUGGGACUGA